AUGUUGCCAUUCGGUCUUCGCCCGGGAAGACUGGCUCGGGUUCAUGGCGCACCGGAAUCUGAAGACGCGAACGACCCAGAUUCCGGUGGAUCGGAUGAGAACAUCCCAGGCUCAGAAUCUCGGGUGUUCUACCCCAGCUUAUUGGACGUACUCAAAGUUCGAUAUUUGUUGCAAUGGAAGCUUCCACGCAGUCUACCCGAGGAGCUUAUCGAUAUGAUGAUCGAUGCGGCGGAAUACUGGCCUUCAAUAGAACAGAGAAUACAAGAUCAGCGAACCAUUCAGAAAGAUUGUGAUCAAGUUCUACUAAAGACAGUUCCGCUCUGCUAUGAUCGAAACGUUCGUCUGCCUAUUCCCAAAUUCGUUGAUGAGCCCACACUGAUAACAGUGCAGAGUCUAGAGCAAGAUGCAAGCCCUAUCCCCCUUCCUCACCGCGGUGCUCAUCCUUGCCGCAAGAUAGUCUUCAGUCUCUCAUCCCACGACCAAGGCGGCGGGCGACGCCGCGAGAACAUGUAUGAAUUCUCGUGGACGUGGUUUGACACUGAGGUCAUCCACGGUGCUCACACAAGAAACAUGUACGCCAACGGAACCGAGCAAGAAAUUCUCGAUAACGAGCGUGGGCAAGUCCGGAAGCACUACACCGAGGCAGAUGCGCUACUACUCCCGCGCGAGAACAAACUCCAAGUCAACGGAGCCCACGUGAGUGAGAUGCAGCACAUUACAAUCGUUUGGGAUUACCGAGACGAUGUCCAGGCAGAUUCUCCUGAGGCCCAUGAGAUUGAGAAGACCCAGGGCCGUGGCCGACUUACCCUAGAUGGGCAUGGAGUGCGUGAGUUAGAGGUCGGGGACUCGAUUGCCCUUUGGGCCCGAGCACGGUUCCCUGGAUGGUCAAACCACGUUUAUCGAGCCAGCGUGAGAAUGUACUGGGCUGUAUGA